AGCACGCCUGAGAAAAUGACGAACUGUGCGUGUGGGCCGAAGCUGACCAACUCUCCCACGGUGAUUGUCAUGGUGGGCCUCCCUGCCCGGGGUAAGACUUACAUCUCUAAGAAGCUGACUCGCUACCUCAACUGGAUUGGUGUCCCAACGAAAGUGUUCAAUGUGGGAGAGUAUCGCCGGGAGGCGGUGAAGCAGUACAGCUCCUACAACUUCUUCCGCCCUGACAAUGAAGAAGCCAUGAAAGUCCGAAAGCAGUGUGCCUUAGCCGCCUUGAGAGAUGUCAAGAGUUACCUGACAAAGGAAGGGGGACAAAUUGCAGUUUUUGAUGCCACUAAUACCACUAGAGAGCGGAGACACAUGAUCCUUCAUUUUGCCAAAGAAAAUGAUUUCAAGGCAUUUUUCAUCGAGUCCGUGUGUGAUGACCCUACAGUUGUAGCCUCCAACAUCAUGGAAGUGAAAAUCUCCAGCCCGGAUUACAAAGACUGCAACUCAGCAGAAGCCAUGGACGACUUCAUGAAGAGAAUCAGUUGCUAUGAAGCCAGCUACCAGCCCCUCGACCCUGAUAAAAGCGACAGGGACUUGUCGCUAAUCAAAGUGAUCGAUGUUGGCCGGAGGUUCCUGGUGAACAGAGUCCAGGACCACAUCCAGAGCCGAAUUGUGUACUAUCUGAUGAACAUCCACGUACAGCCACGCACCAUCUACCUUUGUCGGCACGGCGAGAACGAAUACAACCUGCAGGGCAAGAUCGGGGGUGACUCAGGCCUGUCCUGCAGGGGCAAGAAGUUUGCCAGCGCCCUGAGCAAGUUUGUGGGGGAGCAGAACCUGAAGGACCUCCGGGUGUGGACCAGCCAGCUGAAGAGCACCAUCCAGACGGCGGAAGCCCUGCAGCUCCCCUACGAGCAGUGGAAGGCGCUGAACGAAAUCGAUGCCGGCGUCUGCGAGGAGCUGACCUAUGAGGAGAUCAGAGACACGUACCCGGAGGAGUAUGUGCUGCGCCAGCAGGACAAGUACUACUACCGCUACCCAGCGGGCGAGUCCUAUCAGGACCUGGUCCAGCGUCUGGAGCCGGUGAUCAUGGAGCUGGAGCGCCAGGAAAACGUACUGGUCAUCUGCCACCAGGCUGUCCUGCGCUGCCUGCUCGCCUACUUCCUGGAUAAGAGUGCAGAGGAGAUGCCCUACCUGAGAUGCCCCCUUCACACUGUUCUGAAACUGACACCUGUUGCUUACGGUUGCCGUGUGGAGUCCAUCUACCUGAACGUGGAGUCCGUGAGCACACACCGGGAGAGGCCAGAGGACGCAAAGAAGGGACCUAACCCGCUCAUGAGACGCAAUAGUGUCACCCCACUAGCCAGCCCCGAGCCCACCAAAAAGCCUCGCAUCAACAGCUUUGAGGAGCAUGUGGCUUCCACUUCUGCCCUGCCCGGCUGCCUGCCCCCGGAGGUGCCCACACAGCUGCCUGGACAACCUUUGCUAGGUAAAGCCUGUCUACGAACUGUCUGUCACAUUUUCUCAAAGUUUUCUCCUUACUAACCUUGGAAAGAACAUGAAGGGCUCCUGGAGCGGUGCCGACUCCUCCAAGAAACAAUGAAGCAAACACAUCUCGUCCAUUCCGCUUCCAUUUCUGCAGUUUAGCUUGUGCGCUCCCAUCUGCCCAAGACCUAAGUGAUCCCGAGGACUUCAUCUGCACCAGAGCGAGUGGAGGAGGAGGAGGGCACCUGCUGGUGGAAGAGCAGCUGCACCCCGUACAAUGAGAAUGGCUGAGACGCCCGAAAGCCAUGUGGAUCGCUAAAUCCUGAGGCGGUGCGCUCCCAGCCUCUCCACCUUCUGCUCUCCUGGGUCGGCAGGGCUGGUUAGCCUCUCAGACCCCAAACAAGGUUCUGGGAGGAUAAGGAAUAGUAGAGGAGCUGAGGGACGCUGGGCCCUGUUGCGUCUUGUUUUUUUACCGUGAUCCUGCCCUGGCAUGAUCCUAGCUGGGGAGACAGGACUGUCAAAGGAUCUUGAAGCUAGAGGAAGAUUAGACCCUAACUGCUGAAGGCCCAGGGCUGUUUGAAAACUUCCACAUGGCUCUGUUGUGCGUCUUGGCUGGGGAGAUGCUGCCUGAGGGACUUGGGCAUGGGCUGAGUUGGGCAUCACCUCCUGAGAAGUCCAUGAGCUAAGACUCACCUGGCAGCAGUGACGUGCCCUGGCUCCCCUGCAUGUCCUCACAUCUCCAGCACUGAAUUCGAGCGCGGGCUGGCUGCAUAUAGGCUGAAGGGUGUGUUUUGCUGAAAGGGGAUAACGGGGGGCUCCCUCUCCCAGGGAGCUCUGAGCAUCCUUUGCUCUCCUACCUGAACUCUGAGGUACCCGGAGUGAAUUCCUCUCUUGGAGCUGCUUGCUUUUGCACUUUUUUGUGGCAGAAGUGUGAUCUAAAAGUUGCACCUUCUCUUCAGGAACUUACAGUAGAUGUCGCGGCAUUAGGCCUUGGGGCUUGGAGCCUCUGAGUGUGAGGAGUGGGACAUACCCACGGGAUGAGGAGGCUUGGAGCAUUGGACUCUGCAAGAACAAGUGUGAAACGACACAGGGAGCAUUGGCCCCCUUCCUGCGGGACGCAUUACCCACCACCCGUUUCCCAGGUGGAUGAUGGCCCAGCAAGGCUCAUUUACAGAUGCCACCUGCGUGCUUUUGUUGAGUGCCGUCUACUUGGCAUCGUACUAGGAACCUUGGGGAGUUCAGUGGAGUAGACUGUGGUCUUUGCUUUGUCUCUAUGGCAUCUGACAUGUUUGCAGACAUUGAAAAGCCAGGCUUAUGGGACAUGUGGUUCUCAACUCCCAGUUUCUGCCUGUCUGUUUUUUCUCCCUCAUUCCCUCAACUACCAGGGCAGGAGAAGGUGUCUGUGCCCAGAGGAAACCACCUGGAAGCUCAGCAGUACAGUUCAUACAGAUAACUUUUAAGGCUGUCUCAUCGCUGGUACCAAAGGUUAUUCUUUUUCUUCCUACCUUCCUGUAGGCCCUGAGAUUGUGUUCUUUCCAGCCGAGAGGGCAGGUCCUGGAAUGAGGGUCAGGGAUGAACACUAGAGUGAAAGACCACUUUUAUUAGCCCGAGAGAAACUAUUAAUCCAUUACCCUAAUUGAGAUCCCCUUCUAAUUGGCAGGGUACCAGAGAGAAGAGGGCUGUGUGCGCACUCUUGGGCAGUUUAAGACUUAGGCUAUUUCCUCUCUUUGCCACUGUCUUGGGUUUUUGCAGGCUGUGUGCAGGUUGCUAGUAUUUUUUGCCCUGAGGAGCCUCCAGCUUUACUCCUAGAACUGUUUCUUAUCACUUUGUGGCCUCAUCCUCUCCAUUAAUAUAGACUCUCAAGUCUGAUGCAGAAAAGGGCUGGAGGAGGGUGUGGUCCCUUCUUACCUCUGCUGACACAGUCAGUACAGACAUAAGGCUUUGUCUAGCAUGAGACUUCAGUGUGGUCAGGGCAGAUGGGGAGAGAGCUCGUAAAUAGGGGUGAGGGAGUCCUUGGAGAGGUAGCACCCUGCUUCAUUGAGGCCUGCCUUUGAGAAGGAAGCGGGGUGGGGUGGGGGACGGAGCUAUAGUCAUGGAACUUCUGCUUUUACUGGUUUCCUCCCCUCCACACCUUCAAAAUAAAAUGAAACAAAACUGGGACCUGCUGGGAUUUAGCUCAGUGGUUCUGCCACCUGC